CAGCACUUCACAUCGUUACUACAGUCCACCACCACCGCUGGCUACUGGCUAGUACCACUCCCACUCUCGCGGGAAUGCAACUACGGUUUCCAUGGCCUCGCAAACCCUAGCCGCCGGCAGAAGAUCCUCCUGAGCGACCGAUCCACCACAUCGCGGCGGCUGGGUCUGGCUACCCCAUGAAUCCGCUUUGCUGCAUCGCGCCCGUAUCGGUCGACUACGCCGCGGACCACCACCACCAACCUCGCAGUGUCGCAGCCGCGACACUAUCUGCAACGCCAGAGGCGGCUCCGCCUCAGCCCACGCCCCCUGUCGUUUCGGGGGUGCUGCACAAGUGGGUGAACUACGGGAAGGGGUGGCGGUCGAGGUGGUUCGUGCUCGAGGACGGGGUCCUCUCCUACUACAAGCUCCGCGACGGCGGAGGGGAAAGCGGUGAAUCGUCGGCGUCGACAGCGGCGGCAAGGGUGAUCGGGGAGGGUGACGCCCUACGGCGGGCGCGGGAGGACGCUGCAGCUGCUGGGAAGCAGUGGAAGCCCUUCGGGGAUAUACACCUCAAGGUUUCAUCUAUCCGUGCAAGCAGGUCGGAUGAUAAGAGGUUGUAUAUAUUCAGUGGAACUAAGACAUUACACUUGAGGUGUGAAACUGAGGAGGACAGGAAUGCAUGGCUAGAGGCUUUGUUGGUGGCGAAGGAUCGGUUUCCGAGGUCGCUAAUGACCAAUGAUUUUGCUCCUGUGGCUGAUAUUAUGCUGUCCACUGAGAAGCUGAGGAUGUGUCUGCUACACGAGGGACUGAAUGAAACAGUGGUCAAUGAAUGCGAGUCUAUUAUGAUGACUGAGCUGCUGGAACUGCACAGUCAGAUAAAGUCUCAGCAGCAGCAGCACUCUGUUUUAGUAGACCGGCUCCGUCAGCUUGAGACAGAGAAAGUUGAGCUGGAGAGAACGGUUGUGCAUGAAACUAAAGAGAGGGAAGCACAUGGUUAUGUUAAUGGCAGAUACAGUGAUUUUUAUUCAGUUCUAUCAGGCGGGAGUGCAAGCGAAUCUGAUCCAGACACUGCAAGUCAAGUUGCAGAUGCUGAAUCCGAUGAAGACGAAGUGACAUACUUUGAUACAAGAGAUUUUUUGUCUGUAGAAUCUCUACGAAGUGCUUCUCGAAGGAGGGAACUUGUGACAAAUGGCUGCAAUGCAUUAGAAUCUAUUGGAGACUCCAGAUCAUAUACUGCCAAGUUUACCAAAUAUCCCAUUGUUGAGCGUCGAGAUAAGUUACCUGAGCCAAAGGAGAAAGAGAAACCAAUAGGAUUAUGGUCAAUAAUUAAAGAAAAUAUAGGGAAAGAUCUCUCCGGUGUUUGUCUCCCUGUUUAUUUCAAUGAGCCUUUGUCUUCUUUGCAAAAAUGUUUUGAGGAUCUGGAGUACUCUUACUUGGUUGACAAUGCACUACAGUGGGGAAAGCAGGGUGACAGCUUGAUGAGGACACUUCUUGUUGCGGCUUUUGCAGUAUCAAGCUAUGCUUCAACUGAAGGUCGGCAAUGCAAACCCUUCAAUCCUCUACUUGGUGAAACAUAUGAAGCUGAUUAUCCAGAUAAAGGACUUCGCUUUUUCUCUGAGAAGGUCAGUCACCACCCCGUGGUUGUUGCAUGUCACUGUGAUGGUCGAGGUUGGAAAUUCUGGGGUGAUUCGAAUCUGAGAGGCAAGUUCUGGGGUCGAUCCAUUCAGCUUGAUCCAAUAGGCGUUCUAACCCUUCAAUUUGAUGAUGGGGAGAAAUUCCAGUGGAGUAAAGUUACUACUUCCAUAUACAAUAUCAUUAUAGGGAAAAUUUAUUGUGACCACUAUGGCACAAUGCACAUCAAGGGAAGUAGUCGCUACUCUUGCAAGCUUAAAUUCAAAGAACUGUCAAUUAUUGAUCGGAAUGCACACCAGGUGCAAGGAUUUGUACAAGAUAAUAGGACUGGAGAGAAAGUCGCUAUGUUAAUUGGAAAAUGGGAUGAAGCUAUGUAUUAUGUGCUUGGGGAUCCAAGCGCUAAACCCAAGUGGUACGACCCAAUGUCAGAAGCAGUUCUUUUGUGGGAGAGAGACAAGUCUUUGAAUCAAACCCGAUAUAACCUUUCUCCAUUUGCAAUUUCUUUAAAUGAAUUGCCACUUCACAUGUUGACGAUGUUGCCUCCUACUGAUUCUCGCCUGAGGCCUGAUCAGAGACAUCUGGAAAAUGGUGAAUACGAAAAGGCAAAUUUGGAGAAACUCAGACUUGAACAACUUCAGCGGCAGGCUCGAAGGUUACAAGAGAAAGGCUGGCAACCAAGGUGGUUCAGGAAGGACGAGGACGACAGCUACUGCUAUCUUGGGGGAUACUGGGAAGCGAGGGAAAAAGGAAACUGGGACGGGAUCCCCCAUAUAUUCGGCCAGAGCAGUGCAUCGACCGGGUAGUCGCAGCUAUAACCCUGCGCCUCUUUCUUUUAUGGUAGUGGUGUCCACAUUUCCUUUACACGGAACAUUGAUUGGCACAAAAUGAAAAUGUGAAUAUAUGCCAAUUUACUGGAGGUUUCACGUAGCCAGAAUGUACUGGCAAAUACUUGAUGAGAUUGUGUUACUACCUCUCUCUCAGUUUACAGGGCAUGCGCGUGCCCCUAGGUUGUUAAUUUGAUCAACUUAAUACAAGUCAUAUAUUACAAAAAAUAUACCAAUAUAAACUUCAGAUGCUCUA